AUGCAGUGUAACCAAGCCACGACGCUGGACCAGACGAUCCAGUACAUGAAGUCGCUGCAGCAGCAAGUCCAGUCAAUGUCGUCCGUCGCGGGCUGCAGCAUGAGACCAGCAACCGAGGCGGCGGUGUAUCCCUUAGCGCCGCCGCCGCUGUGUAACAUCCAGCCCACUGCCGGCGCCAUUGCUCCACGUCCGCCGAUGCUGCAGCCAGCUUUGUGCCGCUGCUCCUGCAGGGAUGGUGAUGUUUGCCGGGCGCCCGGGCCGCACAUGCUCCAACUGGCGCACCAUCCCGCAGUGACGCUGACGAUGAUGCGGCCGCCGUUUAUCCAUAAGCCAACUGCUCCCAAUACAGGACCUGCAGCAAGGUAUCCGUCGAAGGGCCUCGGUAGCAUCCGUAAACACAAGGGCAGCAGCCCACGGCACAAGGACAAUCCGCCGUGGACAGGAGCACCGUCCACUGGAGCGCGCCGCCCGCUGUCUCGCGUACGCGGAGCAACCGCUGGAGACGCCCGCGCCCCGUUGGAUCUUGGCUCGCCCUCGCCGCCUCGCCCCUGCCCUGUUCCCUCGCGCCGUCGCGCGGUCGCGCCGCCCACUCGCCCAGGCGCUCACUGUCGCGACUCGCGAAGCUACCGCCGCGGCGAUGGCCGCCGGGAUCUUGCGGCUGUUCUCCUCCUGUCCUCCAACCCCCUGCUGCCCAGUCCCUGGCGCUGCCCCUGCCGCACCACACUUCACACACAGCACCAACCAGCAGGGCAACACGGGCAGGUAGUCAUGGGCACGGAAAAUCGAACUCAGAGAAGAAUUGAUUUGGUGUUUAAAAGGAAAAGAGAUGAUAUAACUGAUGUUGAGGAUGACCAUGUAUUGCCCUUGCUUGAAUUCGAACAGCAACAACCUGAACAACAACAUAAUCAAGAUGGAGGAGUUCGAACAAAUGAAGCUGUUGCAUUCCGAGGUAUUGAGUUCUUGCAGCGAGAUCCUGGAUUGCACCCUCAAAUUUGGCAAUAUCCACCAGACCAGAGAGAUAUCGUGAGGAGAGCAUAUUUGAUGUUAGGUCCUAAUGCAACACCCGCCUAGAGAGCUAUAAACCUUCUGGUGAACCAGGGCAUCAACACCGCUUCCAGUAUAGUUGGUUUGGUGAUUUUCCGUCAUGGCUAGAGUACUCGCAGGAGAAAAGUUGUGUGUAUUGUCUAUAUUGCUUUGUCUCCAAACAACAAAGAGAAUACACGAGGUGGUUCUCAUGUCUUCACGGUACAUGGAUUUGACAGUUGCAAGAGGGUUUGUGGGAAACAUUGUGCAUUCUUGACCCACAUAGGAUCUGGACUAUGCUCAUCACACAACAAUGCAGUCACUAGUGGUCAUGCCUUAAUGAAACAAUCUUGCCAUAUAGAGAAUGUUAUAGCUGUGAAGGACAAGGAGAAGGUGGACUCAUGGUUGAACUGUACGUUGAUACAUAUAUAUUACAUAUACAUAUCUACUAGCUCAA